AUGAAGUCUAGUACCAUAUCGCCAACCACGAAAAUCUGGGAGUCUUUGCGGCCGUUGCUGCCGUCUCGCGGAUCUGACUGUGAUUAUUGGUGGAAUUACACCGGCUUACACCUUGCCUAUCUCCUAGAGGCAGCUGGAUACUCCACGGAGAGGCAGUAUGAGGCUCUCCUUUUUCACUACCACCUAGUUGUCCCGUACCUGGGACCAGCACCUGCCAGCGACGGCACGUUCCAUUGGCCGACGGUGAAUACGAUUCAGGGCCCUCCGGUCGAAUACUCGUGGAAAUGGAACACAGGUACGGGGGCUCCGGAAUUGCGCUACACCUUCGAGGCUGUGGACAAGUUGAGCGGCUCACCGAAGGAUCCUCUAAAUCAGGGUCCGUCGCGGGACAUGCUGUAUCACAUCGCAAGCGCGUACCCCAGCGUCGACCUGGCGUGGACGAACCACUUCCUUGCGACACUCUUCGACCACGAUCAACACCGCUAUGCGCAGGAACAAGACGACGAUCAGAUCACUACGACCGUCAUGAUUGCUGCCGAGUUCGUCGAGCCGGGCCCGAACAUCAAAUUGUACCUCAAGUCUCGCCGUCUCGGCAUGCGGGAUAUCCCUCUCGAGGUGUAUAAAGAAGCCAUCUUCCAAGCCAGUCCUACAAGUGCAGCCGCCACUGCGCUGUAUGAUUUCCUUGAAGAUGACCCCGAAGGCCAACUCCUCAAGCCUGCAAUCCUCGGCCUCGACUGCGUCGCCGCGCCAAACUCUCGCAUUAAGCUAUACUUCCGCACUCCGCACGUACGUUUCUCUACGAUUCACACCAUCAUGACGCUCAACAACCGCAAGGCUGUCUCUGCGUCGCAAACCGAAUCUCUACGCAAGCUUCUAGCCGCUGUCACUGGUCUCCCCCUGGAUUUUCCAGAUGAAGCGGACUGGCCCAUCAAUUCCCGCUUUGGAGAUCUCGUGCACAAGCGGUCAGCCAAAGUACCGCUGGUUUAUCCUGCGUGUGGUUUCUACUUCGACAUUGCGCCAGGGAGGGAGAUUCCCAACGUCAAGGUUCAAGUGCCGCUUUAUGUGUACGGGCAGGAGGAGCAGCAGCUAGCGGAGGGCGUCUCUCAGUGGAUGAAAGACAACGAAAGAGGCAAGUUUGCUGACCAAUUCCUGAAAGCUUUGCCGCGCCUAGGGGAUAGAGGUACUGCUCAUGGCCCGGACAGAGUGAAGGGACAAGUUGUGAAUGGUUCGUACUUGAGCGUCAUGUUCACGCCUGAUGACCAACUGGAAGUUACGACGUAUCUCACGCCAGUAUUGAGUGAGACUCCGUGGGUUGCUUGA